CAUUCACCCUCUCAACCCUGCCAAGCCCAGACCCUCGGCCUCUGAGAAAAUUCUGCGAACCUGCAGACUCGUUGCAACCUGCAACCCGUCACAUCUCCGCCGCACGUCCCGCCGUCUAGCCGAAACUCUCCAUACAGCUUCACUGUUCAGCCUUCAGCUGCUGCAAGCUGGGCCUGCAUUACCGAAACACCUCAUCCGCGGCCGACUAUCCCCAUCCUUCGCCUUGAGUCGAUCACCAUGCCUGCUAUCCGAGGAGAAAAGUCAAAGAAGAAGACGAGGAGGUACACCCGCGAUCUCGACCAGAUCCAUGCCGACUUGCGCUCCGAGAGGCAUCUGGCCCAGUAUACCGAGACAAAGGCUGCUGAAGAUUUGCCUGCCUUGGGCCAGUUCUACUGCAUAGAGUGUGCAAAAUGGUUCGAGAGCGACUUCAACUUUGCAGCACAUAAGAAGGGGAAGGUUCAUAAGCGGAGAUUGAGGCAGUUGCGUGAAGAACCAUAUUCCCAGAAAGAGGCCGAGCUCGCAGCCGGUCUUACUACCGACAACGGGAAACGCACAACGCAGAUGGAGGUA